AUGCGGCAGAGAGAGAGGCUACUACAGGAGAGGACUGCGCUUGAGCAACAAGCGGAAGAGCAUAGGCGUGAGGUCCAAGCGCUUAGCCUCGCCCUCAAGAAGUUCCUUCCGGCCAUUCAGAACGCGAAGGCACCUCCAGAUUGGCUGCUGAAGCAGGAGCUCUCAGCGGCUGAGCAGGAGGUGCAGGCCUACCAGCACCAGCAAGAUGCGGUUGGCAUGGGCCUUCUUGAUGCUCAAAGAGAGCAGAAGGCAGCCACGCUGGAGUUGGAGCAGUGCCGGCGGCUUCUGUCCAGCACCGCUGAGCAACAGGAGCUGUGCAGCAAGCAGGAACUGAAAUUUCGCGAUGCAACUCGAGAACUGGCAGAAGAGGCAGCAGUAGCAAAACGCGAGGAGGCAGCUGCCAGGGAGGAGGCAGCGGCACAGAAGCAGUUGCACGCAGAGCGUUCUGCGGCGCUGCGCAAGCUGCAGGUUGCAAAAGCCGAGCAGCUUCGCCAACUUCGGGAACUCGAGGCUGCCGUGGUUCGAUCCCGAGGGGAUUUGUCGGUGGAGAAGGCUGCUCGCAAGGCAUUGAGUGCAGAUCUUGAAGUCCGAUGCGGACGUUUGCGUGCCGAGUUGGAGGAGCACGCAGCGCUUCGUUUCGAAGCAACGGCCGAGCGUGCCGUCCAGGAGGCUGAGAAUGCCCAGCUGGAGGCCAGCGCUGCGCGUUUUGCACUGGAGCUUCAAGCUGAUGAGGAAGCAAGGGCACAGAUGGAAGCCAAGCUGCUGUCCAGCAUGCAGCUUGCUGAGCGCCAGCAGUAUGAGCUGCAGGCGCAGGAGCUGCUGGGUCAGAAUUUGGCCGCGGAAGUGGCCGAGGGACGACGCAUGGAACAGGCACUGCAAGCGGAGUUGGCUCGUGAGCGAGUUUUGGCAAAUGAGGCUAGCGGUGAGGUUGCGGCCCUCUUCGAGCAGCGGCAGCGCAAGGCACUUGAGGCUGAGGAGGCUUUGCAUCAGUGUGAUGCAGCAUUGCUGGCUAGCCAGGGAGCCGAAGAGGAGUUGCGGCAGCGAGAAAAGCAGCUGCAACAGUCGGCCAGGUCGUCUGAGCUGAUGCACAAGACCCUGAUGCAGAGACUGUCGACCGUUCAUGACCAGGUUCGAGCCGCCGAAGACGCCCACGCUGCUGCCCUCGAAGAGUUGCGUGGCGAGCGCCGGGAGCAAUCCAGGUUGAACCAGCGACUCCUGGUCGAAACCUCGAAGCAGCGUGCACUGCUGCUGCCAGGAGCACGUCACAUGCUCACUGAUGUCCCUAAGUAG